UUUGGACCGGAGGACUGUUGCAACGCUUCUUAAUGAUCUACUUGAUGCCCAUUAGAUACAUUAUUGCUGGACGGCUACAAUGCAUCCAGUUUUCGUGGAUUAGUAUCAAGUCUGUUUUCUCGAACCGCCUGCUCGCCAAAGUAACCUCUCUAGGAGAACUUCAAGACACAGAAAGCGUCACAAAAAAAAUAUAUAGGCUACAACACAUCUGUGCUUGUUUUCUCUCUCUCGGUCGUUUGUACCAUUUAGGGCAGUGACCGGGGGUUUGCAGGAGCAAACUGCGUCUUUUCAUCCGAAAGUUCUAAUGAUUACGCAAGUGAAGGGAAUUGUCGGCACGAAUUGGACAACGGAUUGCUGUAACAGGGCCAACGGUGACUGUUUUUUUACCUCUACACACAGAGUCGACGAAUAAGUUGAAUUGUACUGCCAACAAUAAAGGUGGAAUGACCUAAAUCUGCAACAUGGCUGCUAGUGGGAAAAGUUUAGAGUACUGACGUGGGAGAAGUUUUAUACUAAUCCAGUACAGUACAGCAGGAAUUGUUGUAUAAAGUACAUCUUUUUUUUUUCCUUCGUCGCCUCGGAUUGAACAACGCACAUAAACACUGGGUUGCCCGAGUAAGAGCGGAGGAGUACAAGACUACUUUCUUCUUCAAAUGAUUGUAGUCAUCACCAAGCAAUCGCGUAGACUUUAUCUUCAAGAUUAUUAUUUUUUUUCUUCUUCAUUUUAAAUAGUGCAUCUCUCGCCCAGUGUGGGCCAUCUGAAAUCUAAAAUGCAUUUCUCCAUUCCCGAAACGGAGGUUCGUUCGGGAGAAAAUGGAUCAACUUAUGUGGCCUACAACAUCCAUGUGAACGGGGUUCUCCAUUGUCGGGUUCGCUACAGUCAGCUCCUGGGACUACACGAACAGAUAAAGAAGGAGCAUGGCAACAACUUGGUACCUGCUUUCCCCCCAAAGAAGAUCUUCACUCUGACACCGAAUGAUGUGGAGCAGAGACGUGAACAGUUGGAGAAAUACAUGCAAGCUGUGCGUCAGGACCCCAUGCUCGGCGCCUCCGAGAUGUUCAACAGCUUUCUAAGGAAAGCCCAGCAGGAGACCCAGCAGAUCCCAACCGAAGAGGUUCCUCUGGAGAUCUACCUGUCUAACGGCCAGAAGGUCGAGGUCAACAUCCUGACCUCCGACCAAACAGAGGACGUCCUGGAGGCUGUUGCGUCAAAACUGGACCUUCCUGAUGAGCUGGUUGGUUAUUUCAGUCUCUUCCUGGUUCGAGAAGGAGUGGACGGGGGAUUAACGUUUGUGAGGAAGCUGCAGGAGUUUGAGUUACCGUACGUAUCAGUCACCAGCUUACGAAGCUCAGAGUUCCACAUCAUCCUGCGGAAAAGUUACUGGGACACGGCGUAUGACAGCGAUGUAAUGGACAACCGAGUGGGACUAAAUCUACUAUACGCUCAGACGGUGUCGGACAUAGAUAGAGGCUGGAUCCUCGUUAACAAGGACCAGCACAGACAGCUGAAAUCACUGCAGGAGAAAGGAUCCAAGAAAGAAUUCAUUAGGCUCGGUCAGACGCUGAAGUACUUUGGCUACAUCAAGUUUGACCCGUGCGUGACAGACUUCCCGGAGAAGGGCUGUCACGUGAUCGUCUCUGCAGGCAACAACGAGCUUAACUUCCAGGUCAAGCUGCCCAAUGAACAGAUGAAGGAGGGGAGCUUCAAGGUCACGCGCAUGAGGUGCUGGAGGGUCACUUCGUCUCAGGUCCCGGUAGUGAACGGCUCCUCCUCCCCAACCCCGGGCCCCUGCUCCUCAGCCAAGUGUGAGGUGAAGUUGGAGCUGGCCUUCGAGUAUCUGAUGAGCAAAGAUCGUCUCCAGUGGGUCACCAUCACCAGCCCACAGGCAAUCAUGAUGAGCAUCUGUCUUCAGUCGAUGGUUGAUGAGCUGAUGGUGAAGAAGUCAGGAGGAAGCAUCAAGAAGAUGCUAAGGAAACGUCACAGUGGCCCCCUGCAUCGGUCUGAAAGUCAGCAAGCUGUGAAAUCCCCCCCUCUACUGGACUCUCCUGACCCAAACCGAGACCAGAUUGUCAAACUCUCAACUAAGCUGAGCUCUGUGUCUCUCAGAGGGAUCAGUGCCUCCAACUCAGCCAAUGACAUCAGCGGCAACGAUUUCCAUGGCAACUAUGCCUUCGAGGGGAUCGGGGAUGAUGACCUGUAAUAUUCACCCCUUCCCCACCUCCACCUGUCGAACGCAAUCUGCAAAGAUUCCAAGCUGAGCCGAGCGGAUUGUCUGAUUCUGUAAGAUUGUAGCCCUUCCUGGGAGUCUGCUGCCUGCCUUAAGAUCAGUCUUGUCGUAUCAGCUUCACAAAGACUGCCAUCUAUCUUAUGUGUUUCAGGUACAGAAUGACUGACUACCCACUGCCCUCCUGUUUUACAAUCCUAUCCCCCUGUAUUCAACUUAAUAAAAUAUCAAGAACAAAUAGAACUAAAAUUACAGUCUGAAGUCUAAUCCACGGGGGUCAUGCUGUGAAACACUCAAUUGACGUUGAAAUGACUAAAACCAAGUGGAAGCUGUGUAUCAGUGAUAAUGGACCUACGUCUAUAGUCUCUUCACUCUGUCCAGCUUGAUAAGUCAUUUAUAGUCUCUUCACUCUGUCCAGCUUGAUAAUAAGUAAUUUAUAGUCUCUUCACUCUGUACAGCUAGCUGACAGUCAUCUAUAGUCUCUUCACUCAGUCCAGCUAGCUGACAGUCAUCUAUAGUCUCUUCACUCUGUCCAGCUAGCUGACAGUCAUCUAUAGUCUCUUCACUCAGUCCAGCUAGCUGACAGUCAUCUAUAGUCUCUUCACUCUGUCCAGCUAGCUGACAGUCAUAGAAAUUAAUGCUGGACAGGGAUCAUAGUAAAUUCCAGAAAUCCAUGCUUGUAACAUCAGUAGCUACAGUAGACUAUGUUUCAGAGUGAGGGGCAGGUAGCCUACAAACACACUGGCAAAGGUUUUCAGCUGGCAGGCACAGACAGACACUGGAAUUACUUCCUGAGUGAUAAAGUGAGGGCUUUGCAUUGGUGCUUUGUUGCGUUUUUUUUGUUUUUGUGGGACUGAAAAAUACCCAGAAUGUAAAAGAGCGUUAUCAACCAGUUCCCAUGCUUUUAGAAGAACGGUUCUGUUCCGGAACAGUAUUGAUCACUUCCAUUCUCGGUUCUGGUUCUGUUCCUCAGAAAAUGUAGUUAUUUUUCUGUUCUGUUCCCUGAACCAGUUCCAACCCCUGGUCUUCAUAUAUGACUUUCUACCAUAGAGCAUCCUGACAUUCCUUCAUUCUACCAUAGAGCAUCCUGACAUUCCUUCAUUCUACCGUAGAGCGUCCUGACAUUCCUUCAUUCUACCAUAGUGUCCUGACAUUCCUUCAUUCUACCAUAGUGUCCUGACAUUCCUUCAUUCUACCAUAGAGCGUCCUGACAUUCCUUCAUUCUACCAUAGAGCGUCCUGACAUUCCUUCAUUCUACCAUAGUGUCCUGACAUUCCUUCAUUCUACCAUAGUCCUGACAUGCCUACAUUCUACCAUAGAGCGUCCUAACAUUCCUUCAUUCUACCAUAGUCCUGACAUUCCUUCAUUCUACCAUAGAGCGUCCUAACAUUCCUUUAUUCUACCAUAGUCCUGACAUGCCUACAUUCUACCAUAGAGCGUCCUAACAUUCC